UCUACUCUUUCAUUUUUUCCCUUUUCAUUUUCAUUUCCUCUGUAUUAUUAUUGAAAAACAGAGGAAAACAAAAGAACAGAGUCAUAAAAUAAUAAUAAUAAUAAUAAUAAUAAUUUAUGUCAAUUCUCGAGGGAAUCUUGAUAAGUUAAAUGUGAUUCAAUCACAAAUCUGUUUUUGCUGCUAUGGCAGUUUCUGAAUUAACCGCCGACGUGUUCCCAUGGCUGAAAUCCAUGCCACUGGCCCCGGAGUACCGACCAACCGCCGCGGAAUUCGAAGAUCCGAUCGGUUACAUUUUCAAGAUCGAGAAAGAAGCUUCUCAGUACGGAAUCUGCAAAAUCGUUCCACCGUUUCCGCCGUCACCCAAGAAAACCGCCAUAGCUAACCUCAACAGGUCACUGGUUAAUUCCACAUUCACCACACGUCAGCAGCAGAUCGGGUUCUGUCCACGGAAGUCCCGACCCGUCAAACGACCCGUCUGGCAGAGUGGGGACCACUACACUUUCGCUGAGUUCGAAGCGAAAGCGAAAUGGUUCGAGAAGAGUUACAUGAAGAAGCAUAACAAGAAGGGUGGUGUUAGUGGUAGUGGCAAUGCUCUUGAAACGGAGACGAUGUUUUGGAAGGCUACUGUUGAUAAACCGUUUUCAGUUGAGUAUGCGAACGACAUGCCUGGCUCUGCGUUUUCGGCGCAAUGUAGGCAUGCUGGUGAGGCUGCUUCGGUGGCUCAUAGUGCUUGGAAUAUGAGAGGGGUUUCGAGGGCGAAAGGGUCUUUGUUGAGGUUUAUGAAGGAGGAGAUUCCCGGGGUUACUUCGCCUAUGGUUUAUCUUGCUAUGCUAUUCAGCUGGUUUGCGUGGCAUGUUGAGGAUCAUGAUCUUCAUAGCUUGAAUUAUCUUCAUAUGGGCGCUUCUAAGACGUGGUAUGGUGUUCCUAGGGAUGCUGCUGUUGCUUUUGAGGAUGUUGUUAGGGUUCAUGGCUAUGGUGGAGAGAUUAACCCUCUUGUUACAUUUUCUAUUCUGGGUGAGAAAACCACAGUGAUGUCACCAGAAGUGCUUGUCAGUGCAGGUGUUCCAUGCUGCAGGUUAGUGCAAAAUGCUGGAGAGUUUGUUGUGACAUUUCCAAGAGCCUAUCACACAGGGUUUAGUCAUGGUUUUAAUUGUGGAGAGGCAGCAAACAUAGCAACACCUGAGUGGUUGAGGGUUGCUAAAGAUGCUGCUAUUCGAAGGGCUUCAAUAAAUUACCCUCCCAUGGUUUCACAUUUCCAGUUACUUUAUGACCUUGCCUUAGCUUUGUGUUCUAGAAUCCCUGGAGGAAUCAGUGCUGAACCACGGAGUUCUCGUCUUAAAGAUAAAAAGAAGGGUGAAGGAGAUUCUGUAGUCAAAGAACUAUUUGUCCAAGACGUGUUACGAAACAAUGAUCUACUUCAUGUACUCGGAAAAGAAUCUUCUGUAGUACUUCUUCCUCGCAGUUCAGUUGACAUUUCUAUUUGCUCAAAAUUACGCGUCGGAUGCCAGCAGCAAAAAGUGAACCCUGAAUUUUCCAUUAAUGUAUGCAAUUCCAAGGGAAUGAAUUCCUCAAAAGGUUUUGUUUCUGAUGAUCUGGUAUUCAACAGAAAUUGUGGAAUCCUGCAAGAAAAAAAAUUCCAUUCUGUGAAAGACAAGUUUACUCUGUUGUGUGAAGGGAAGGGUAUUUCCUCUUUUGAUGCAAACGGUAGCACAUCCCCUUCAAGUUCUAAGCAACUUCAAACAGACAACAACUGUGAAUCGAAUCAAGAAGACGGGUUGUCAGAUCAGAGACUGUUUUCGUGUGUCACAUGUGGACUAUUAAACUUUUCCUGUGUUGCUAUUGUACGUCCUAGCGAACUAGCAGCUAGAUAUCUUAUCUCUGCUGGUUGUAGCUCCUUUAAUGAUUGGGUUGUUGGUUCUGGGGUACCUAACAAUAAAACUACUCUUGCUCACGAAGAUGCAAAUAAUCCGGAGCCAAAUAUGCAUACAGGGUGGACGAAGACUAAUACCCAAGUAGAGGCUGUAAAUACUGAAGGAGGAAAUGACAAUACAGCUCUUGCAUUAUUGGCUUCGGCAUAUGCAAAUUCUUCCGACUCUGAGGAAGAUGCAAUUGACGAUCAUGAAUUGAAUGCGAUAAACUCUACAUCUGAAAGUUUCCCUUCUAAUGUUCAGGCUUCCCAUGCUAAUCCCAUGACUAGACAUGAUAAAGAUGAUAUUCUUUCAGAGAGCACCAGUUACCAAGCACAUAUAUCUGAGGUUAAUUUGAAUCGGCCUCAAGAACAAUCAUUUGCGGAACAGAAUUAUAAAGUUACUUCAGAGGCUGCAUUUGAAAAUACAAGGCCAGUGCCUUAUUCCAUUUCAUAUAGUUCCCAAGAUGCUAAUAAUGCUGAAAAGUCUUUGUCGGCCGAAGCCAUGGUUGCUGUCAAUCAUAAAAAUGCUUUAUUGGUACCACAAUGUGACGAAGACUCAACUAGAAUGCAUGUAUUCUGUCUAGAGCAUGCUGUAGAAGCAGAGCAGCAACUUCGGCCAAUAGGUGGAGCCCAUAUAGUGCUCUUAUGUCAUCCAGAUUAUCCCAAGAUAGAAGCUGAGGCAAAGUUGUGGGCAGAAGAUUUGGGGAUUGAUUAUUCAUGGAAGAAUAUUGCCUACAGGCAUGGCACCAAGGAAGAUGAGGAGAGGAUCCAAGCUGCUGUGGAUAGUGAAGAAGCAAUUCCCGGGAAUGGGGACUGGGCUGUAAAGCUAGGAAUAAAUCUCUUUUAUAGUGCAAAUCUUAGCCGCUCUCCUCUUUAUAGCAAGCAGAUGCCUUACAAUCCUGUUAUAUAUUAUGCAUUUGGUCGUAGCUCUCCAGCAAGCUCGCCCAUAGAACCAAAGGUCUAUCAGAGAAGGACUGACAGGCAGAAAAAGGUAGUUGCUGGCAAAUGGUGUGGUAAAGUUUGGAUGUCUAAUCAGGUCCAUGCCCUUUUAGCAAAAAUGGAUUCUGAAGAUGUUGAGGAUGAGGAAAUUUUACAUAGAUUGAUAUCACCUGACGUGAAAAUUGAAAGAUCGGGAAGUACCCCCAAAACUGAAACUGCUAGUACUAAAUCCGGUAGGAAAAGGAAAAUGUUCUUAAACAAAGGACGGACCAGGAAAGGAAGUUUUGUUGAAAAUGAAAUGGUUUUGGAAAAUUCCACUGAAGAUAAAUCAAAUAAAUCAAAUCCUCAGGAAAGGAGGAUUCUUAGAAGCAAGCAAGCUAAGGGUGUUGAGAAAGAUGGUGCAGCUUUGCACAGGGAUUUUUCUCCAUAUCGUCGUAGAAAACCAAUGAGCAAACAAAAAAAUUGCACUGAAAGUGAUGUAGUUUCUGAUGAUCAAUUUAUUGACAAUGAUGUGGUUUCAGAUGAUGCAGUGGACUAUGAUUCUGAUUGUCAUCAGAUGGGAGAACUUAGAAGCAGUCAAGUUGAAGAUACAGAGAGAGACUCAAUUUCAGAGGAUUCUUUGGAUGUCGGUUCUCUUCAGUUGCAAAUAGAGACUUCUAGAAGCAAGCAUGCCAACGUCAUUAGUGAAGACGAUGCAAUUUCUGAUGACCAAAUGGAGAAUGGUUGUCAGAAGCAACGCAAGAGAAUUCCUAAAAGCAGGAAAGGAAAUUCCCUUGCUGAAAAAGAUUCAGUGACAUCUGAUGACCAACUGGAGCUGAACAUCCAGAAACAGCGCAGGGGUAAUUCUAGAAGUAGGAAACUCAAAUACCUCCAUGAAGAUGAUAUUGUAUCGGAUAACCAAACAAAUAUCUAUUGUCGCAAGUACCAAAGAAGAACAGUUAAAGUCAGGCAAGCCAAAUGUGUAGCAAGGGAAGAUGUAAUGUCUGACGAUCAAUUGGAUGAUCCCUAUCAAAAGCAGAAACCAAGAAUUUCUAGAAGGAAAAACAAAGGCAUUAAUAGAGAAUUUAAAAAUGAAGUGUCCGAUGACCAACAAGAUGGCCACUUUCAGAAGCAGCAGCAAAAAAUUCCGAAGAGCAGGAGGCACACCAUACAGACUGAUGAAGAAGUUAUCGAUGACUCGGCUGAUGACAAUGCCUGUCUGCUGCAUAGAACUUCUAAAAGGAAGAAAGCUAAAUUCAAGGAUGAAGAUGAUAUGAGUUUAGAUAAUGAAAUAGAAGAUGAUUCUCUUCCGCAGCACAAAACUCUUCCAAGUAAACAAUCAAAACCAAAGACACUUAAACAGAUGAAACAAUCCAAAUCUUUCUCGAUGAAAAACCAGACACCUCGGCCAGUGAAACGAGGGGCUCAGAUGCUGAUGAAAUCAAAGGUUGCUCAGCAAGUAAAGCAGCCUUCUCAUUUGCGAAAUAAACAAUCUGGUAACUCCAGAGAGCCUAGUUUAGAUUUGGAAGAGGAGGAUGUAGGUGGACCUAGCACACGCCUUAGAAAGAGACUCCCAAAAGCUCAGGAGUCUGAAGUAAAAUCAAAAGACAAACAAACCAAAAGGAAAAGAACAAAGGAUGCUACAGCAGCUACUCAUGUUUCAGCUCGCAAUGCCAAAACAGAGAACGAGGAAGCAGAAUAUCAGUGUGACAUCGAGGGAUGCACCAUGAGUUUUGAGUCAAAACAGGAGCUGCUGCAGCAUAAGAAAAAUAUCUGUCCAGUAAAAGGUUGCGGGAAAAAGUUCUUUUCACACAAAUAUCUGGUGCAGCACCGGCGAGUUCAUGAAGAUGACCGCCCGCUCAAGUGUCCCUGGAAGGGGUGCAAGAUGUCUUUCAAGUGGGCAUGGGCUCGAACUGAGCAUAUCCGAGUCCACACCGGUGCACGUCCUUAUAUAUGUGCGGAGCCAGGUUGUGCACAAACAUUCAGAUUUGUGUCUGAUUUCAGUCGUCAUAAGCGGAAGACUGGUCAUUUAACAAAGAAGAGUCGUCAAUAAGAAGUUUGAUAGAUGUUGUUACUUAACAUGCUUUUAGAAUUUAUUAUUUCAUUGCUUAAUUGACCAAGCUAGGACUAACAUUUUAGGAUAUCUCUGCAAUUGCCAUUUAUUUGUAAAAACUAUUAAUUAUGUUUGCUUUGGGUCUUCAACCCGUUAUUUCAUUACAAUUAAAGCAAUUGCUUGGUUCUCAACCAGUUCAUUUUCACAUUAUGUAAAUACUGUUGCAACUUUUAUAUUUUUGGGUGGCUCUAUAUAAGUAAGUAAAACU